AUGGCCCUCUUCAACCUCGACCAGAAUUGGGCCGAUAGGCUUCCAGCACACAUUUUCUAUCUCAUGAUUGGACUUACACUCCUUACUUCCAUAGCUCUAUUUAUAGCUGGAAGAGUCGGUCGAAAUGAAAAUUACAACUACCCAAAUCCAAUACCUGGCAUCCCCUUCUUCGGUAAUAGCUUCCAGGUACCAUCUGAGGGGCAAGGCCCAUGGAUGACUGAAAUCGCCAAAAGAACAGGAGAGAUGUACACUAUGACAUUUGGAGGAACACCUUGGUUAUUCCUGAAUUCCCGCAAAGCAGUGCAUGAACUGCUCGAAAAGAAAGCAGCCAUAUAUUCUUCUCGACAAAACCUUCCUAUGGCCAAUGACCUGAUUUCAGGCAAGAAGCGAUUUCUCUUUAUGCCUUAUGGAUCUGACUGGCGAAGAACGAGAAAAGAAAUGCACCUGAUUCUCAAUAACACCAAAUCAAACCUGUUCGAACCCUACCAAGAUAUGGAGUCGCGCGCUCUUCUUUAUCAUUACCUGAAUCACCCUGAGAAUUGGUGGGAAGCAAAUGCCCGCUAUGCCAAUUCCAUCAUUAUGGGCGUUAUCUACGGCAGGCGCUCAGACUUGGGGGACGAGGACAUGGCUAAUUUGCUAAGCAACCUUGCGAAGUCUACCCGCUAUGCAAUGCCUGGACAAAGCCUAGUGGAUAUUUGCCCUUGGUUGCUGAAAGUACCAAUACCCAAGUCAUGGCAAGUUUGGCGAUGGUGGGGAGAUGCUCUUCAUCAAUCAACAAGAAAGGUCUUUAAGAAGUUGCUAGAUGACCUUCUGGAGAGGCAGAGACUUGGGACCCAACAACCGUGCUUCAUGACAGAAUUCUUGGAGCGAAAUACAAAUGGCGAAUUCACCGAGGAGGAGAGCUACUGGAUGGCGGGUACUCUUAUCGAGGCUGGAUCGGAUACAACAAGAAUUACUUUGAUCUUGAUCUUGGCUGCUGCGGUGAUGUAUCCCGACUGGGUUGGGAGAACCCAAAGGCAGCUUGACUCUGUAUGCGGUUACAAAGCAGAGCGCAUGCCUACCUUUGAUGACAUGGCAAAGUUGCCCUUGGUCAAGGGCGUGAUCAAGGAGGGUCUGCGUUGGAAACCGUCAAUUGUCGAAACAGGGGUCCCUCAUGCGUUGACAAAGGACGAUACUUUUGAUGGCUAUCGUAUUGCUGCGGGAACCGUCGUAACAUUCAAUAGCUGGGCAAUAUCCCACCUAGACUAUGAAGAGCCAGAACGCUUUUAUCCCGAAAGAUUUCUCGAUGACGAUCUGGAUGUUCCUACCAAAGGACAUGUGGGGUUUGGUGCAGGUCGGAGAGUGUGUGUGGGGAACAAUGUGGCAUGGAACAACUUGCUCAUUUCGGUCAGCAGGUUGCUCUACUGCUUCGAUUUUGAGGAGGUUCCAGGCAAGCCAGUAGAUGCAUCGAGGAGUUUUCUUAUUGGGUAUGGAGACCCACCCUUUAUGGCCACGAUCAAACCUAGAUCUGAAGCUCAUGCUCAACUGAUCCAACGAGAAUGUGCUCAUUCAGCAAAUAUGGACGAUUAA